UUCAGCGUAUGAUACCAAGACAAGACAGAAGGUGGCAGUCAAAAAGCUUUCAAGACCUUUCCAGUCCCUCAUUCAUGCCAGAAGGACUUACCGGGAGCUUAGAUUACUCAAGCAUAUGAAACAUGAAAACGUUAUAGGAUUACUAGAUGUUUUUACUCCUGCAACAUCAAUAGAAAAUUUUAAUGAAGUGUAUCUUGUCACAAAUUUAAUGGGUGCUGACCUGAAUAAUAUUGUGAAGUGCCAGAAAUUGACAGAUGACCAUAUACAGUUUCUUAUAUAUCAGUUACUUCGAGGGCUUAAGUAUAUUCACUCAGCCGGAAUCAUUCACCGGGACCUGAAGCCCAGUAACCUAGCUGUAAAUGAAGACUGUGAAUUAAGGAUUUUAGACUUCGGCUUGGCCCGGCAAACUGAUGAUGAAAUGACAGGUUAUGUGGCCACACGGUGGUACAGAGCCCCAGAAAUCAUGUUAAAUUGGAUGCAUUACAAUCAGACAGUUGACAUUUGGUCAGUUGGAUGCAUCAUGGCCGAGCUGCUGAAAGGGAAGGCCCUGUUUCCUGGAAACGACUAUAUUGACCAACUAAAACGAAUAAUGGAAGUAGUUGGUACACCCAGUUCUGAACUUCUCAAGAAGAUCUCAUCAGAACACGCCAGAAAGUACAUAGAAUCUCUACCCCACAUGCCACAACAGGAUUUGAAGGCAGUAUUUCGUGGUGCUAACCCCUUAGCCGUUGACCUGCUUGAGAAAAUGCUUAUCUUGGACAGCGAUAAAAGAAUAACUGCUGCAGAAGCACUUGCACACCCUUACUUUGUACAAUAUCAUGACCCCGAUGAUGAACCUGAAGCAGACCCAUAUGAUGAGUCAAUAGAGAACAAAGAACGGGUUAUAGAUGAAUGGAAAGAACUUACGUACGAAGAAGUGAUCAGCUUUAAACCACCUGAUUUAAAGAUGGACAGCCUUGAAAUUGAACAGUAAUUCCAGACAAUCCUUAUCUUAUUGCCAUACUGUACUAUGAAGACUAUUAAACAUAUUGCAUUGCAAUUUAAUUUCAUAUACCACAAACAUAGACUUUACUAUCCAAAGAUCAUGGAAAAGGUAUGGAAAAGCAGAUAAAUAAUGCCGAAGAAACGUUUAUCUGGGGGGUGUUUUGCCUUGUACUACGAAUGUAAUAAUUACAGAACAUUAAGAACUGCUUCAUUCUGACAAAUGAUGCACUGAAGUUUUUUUAACUGUGUCUUCUCUGCAUGUCUCAUCUUAUCAGUUGUGAUGCCAAAUAUGGUGAUUCUUUUAUUAUUUUCAAGUUGUACAGUUAAAGCAUGAAUGUAUGUUGAAACAAAAAUGGACAUCCAUACAACCAAUGUAUUGUUUUUAAGAGUUGCCUUGACUCUGUUGUAUUUUUGUUUUCUCUUUUUAAUUUAUAGCUAGUGCCUUUAGGAAAAGAGGCCACUGUAGAAUUUAGGCACAAUAUAUACAUGUAGUUAUGUGUGUAGCAGUUUCAUGGACAAAGAGUGAUUGAGCAACAAUUGGAAGUCAGUCCAUUAAAUCAUUGUUUUUUGACAUCAUUAACGUCUCCCAGCAUUUUUCCUAUAGCAUUAGAAAACUGCAGAGCACAGUUUUAUUAGUGAUCUAGACCUGAAGUGGUCCACGGUGUUGAGUCCUAAUGAGUGGAGUGUACCUCACACACUUGAGUGCUUUGAAGAGCCGAGCUCCCCAUGAGAGCACUUUCUCUGUAUUUUUGGAGUGCCUGUCUUUCCUGUUCUUGUCAAUAAAUUGUUUUAAAAACA